ACCCUGUUGGUAGUUCGACCCUUCUUCUGUACCAUGAACGUAAAAAAACACUCAUGAAAACCCGAUUAAUCUCCUUUUUGGCCUCCGAAAAUUGUUGAUGUAAGCGGCGGAAGUGUCUGAGAAUACCGCCCUCGCAACACUCACCUUCAUCCAUCUUGCAGGCGAGCGGAUGAAAGGGUUAUCAGGAGUGCCGGUCUUCGUGUGGGCGUGGGUGUGGGUGGGCGUGACCUGUGAGACGGAAGACCCCACCUGGAUGACCUCCGUGACCCCAGGGAAAGGCGAAGUGGAGGGGGCGUGGCUCGAGGGGGGCGAUGGGGGAGCCAUGUGUGCGGACCUACAGCAACGAGAAGAAGGAGGAGGAGGAGGCGUGGCGGUGUGUCUGAGGGUCAACAUCAAGAAGUCGUCGCCCCUCGCCACCCUGCUUACCCUGACCCGCCCUUCACCCUCGCCGGCCCUCGUUGUGGACGUGGGUCACCUGGGCCUGUGGCUGAGCACGGCGAGGCAGGGGCAAAACGCGCCCCACGUUUCUUUCUUCGAGGCGCGGCUGCCCCCCGGGACGUGGCGCCACCUGUGUGUGCAGCAGCGGGGGCGCGGCCCUGCAAGUGCUGACGCCUCGCAGCCGCAGCCCGAGGCCGGGCACCACGGACUCCGCUGCUUCGUGGACGGGCAGGAGGAGGAGCUGGUGCCCGUCACACCCUCGCCAGGGCCCGAGGACCGCUGCAGGGGAGACGUGGCCAGCUGCCCGGGCCGCGCUCCGCUGCAAAACGCCGCGCCCACCAGUGGGGGCGUGUGGCAGCUGUGUGUGGGCGGCGGCCAUCGGUCGGUGGCGGGGGCGGUGGCCGACGUGCGGGUGUGGGCGGGGGUGCUAGACGACGAGGCUCUGCGGGCAGCCUCGCUCUGCCCCGGGCGUAUGCCCCCCGCCCCGCCCCCUCUCCACGAUUCUGGGGGGUGGGUGCCGCAGAGCAACGCCUCGACAGCUGCCUUUCCGCUGCGGCAGGUGUGCGCCGCCGCGCCGCGCUUGGUCGACGUGCGCCCAGCCGGCACUUUCCGCGGCCUGAGUGAGCUCUGCGUCGCCCUUGGCGGGGCCGUGCCGCCCGCCGCCACCCUCAAGGCCACCCUCCCCGCCCUCAACGAGUCGUGUGAGGGCCCCGCGGGGCUACUCUCCUGGGUAGGCGGUGACCCCGUGGUCGGAGCCGCGGCCGAGGAGACGUGUCCUGCAGUGGAUGUAGGCGGCGGGGCGGUGCGGGCGGCGUGCGUGCUGCAGCUACCUUGCUCUUUGUGUGUCGUGCCGCGCACCUCCAUCUACCGCCUCUACGGCCACGACGGCAGCCUCUUCGACUUCACUUUCUACUUGGAGACAGAGGCCGACGGCCAGCCUGCCUUCAGGGGUUCUGGCGGCUCGCGGCUGGAGCGCGCGGGCGACGGCUGGCGGCUGGCCUCGGUGCUGCACAGCCGCCGCUGGACGCUGGCUGAGGCGGCAGUGCUGCCGCUGGGGCGGCGGCGGUGGACGGAGGGCGGCGUGCAGACGCUGCUGGCGCUGACGGUGUGUCGCAGCGGUCAGUUCUCCUGCGACGACGGCCAGUGCGUGGCGCAGACGGCGCGCUGCAACGACAUCGUGGACUGCCGGGACCGUUCCGACGAGGCUGAGUGCAGCGUGGUGGUGACCCCCGAGGGCUACGACCCUUACUACCCCCCGCCGCCGCGCCCCGGGGAGACGCCGCCCCUGGACCUACCUUACCACAUCGACGUAUAUUACCUGAGCGACGUCACCACUGAGGAGGGUCGUGCCGGCAUGGACGUGGGCGUUACGCUCUCCUGGUACGAUUCGCGACUCCGGUUCCUCAAUCUCAAGCCGGGCAUCAAGAACUACUUCCCAUGCAAGCUAGUGUGGACGCCGGUGGUGCGCGCCGUGGCGGGGCGCGGCAUAGGCUUCAUCCUCGACACGGACGACUACGAGAAGUUUUGCUACACGUACGCCAGCGACGAGCUGGUGGCGCGGCCCCUCAGCGACCCCCUCAUGGGUCACCUCGCCGAGGGCCGCACACACGCCGUGGAGGUGUACCUCGGCGUGCUGGCGUGGCUGCCGUGCCGCUUCCGCCUGCCCGCCUACCCGUUCGACGCCCAGCGCUGCAACAUGUCCUUCGUCAUGACCAACGCGCCGGGCACCCGCGCCUUCACCAAGGCCUCGCCCGGCAGACGCGUCCCCUACCUUAACUCGCGCCGCGUCCUGCUGGAGUACGAGCUGCACGCCCUCACCACGGAGGUCGGCGCCUUCCUGCAGGGCACCGACAACAACACCUACUUCGCCCUCACCUUCCACCUGCGGCGCCUCUACGGCUACCACGUCACCAACAGCUACUUCCCCAGCCUGCUCAUGUUCGUCAUCUCCUGGGCGACCUUCUUCUUCCAGGCGAGUCUUUCUGACCCUUCCUUCCUUCCUUCCUCCUCCUCCUCCUCCUCCUCCUCAUCAUCAUCAUCAUCAUCAUCAUCAUUUUUAUGAUAACCCCGACCUUUUCCGUCCUGACGGUCUUCACCUUAAUGAGAUUGGCUCAGCACGGCUUGGUAGGUUGCUGAACGAUGAGGUAUUUUCGUACUCAAAAAACUUUAAGCGCGAGAGGGGCGCCAACACAAUGUAAGCAACCAAACAGAAGCGACAGCCCAGCACACACACCAAGGCCCCAACAGAAAACACACGCAGACACCCGUCUAAUGCGCCCCGAAGCGUCGAAGACAAGAAAGGCAUUUCUGUCCUGUACACCAACGCGCGAAGUCUUAUUCCCAAACGGGAUGAGCUACUUGCCUACACUGACGUGGAGAAGCCAGACAUAAUAGCAAUCACGGAAACAUGGGCCACCUCUGACCACUUAAUGACUGAAUUUUCAGUUCCGGAAUACGGGAGUUUCUACAAGAACAGAUUUCACAAAAAAGGAGGCGGUGUCAUAUGUUACGUCAAUAAUACACUCCCUGCUAUGAAAUAAAAUAAACAAGACUCAGAGAAAUACGACUCCGUUUACAUAGAACUAAAAACUAGCAAGCACAACAAGCUGACGAUUGGUACCGUGUAUAGACAGUGAUGGGAUUCA